CUAUGGCGCCAGUGUUACGGUGUUCAAAUGUGAAAAUAAGCGUGUUAUAAACUUUGUUUUCCAGUUACCACAAACGAAGUGAAGGUGUACAUUUUGACUUGCGUCUGUACUGUGAGUGUCACUCAAGAUGAUUGAGAGCGUGCAGGUGAGACAGAGUGGUGCCUAUGACUUUGAGAAUCACUAUGACAACCUGUGUGCAUUGCAAGAUUCGGUGCCACUUGCUGCGGUCAAGGCCCACCUUUGUCAGGGAGUGCUGGACAUCAAUGGAGAUCGAGUCAGGGCUAAUGAUUGGAUGCCGAUUGUGAACACACUACGGAUCAACAAGAGUCUGGAGUUCGUGGCUGUGAGGAGUUACUACACGCCACCCAAUGAGGAGGAUGGGAAGAGGGCGGCAAUCCAGAAACGGAAGACGCCAGCAAUCAGGUCAAAAGAGAUCACAUUCCGACUGUGCAGGGCACUUAAGGAGUGUCUGGGAGUGUCAUCUGUGCUGCGGUGUCUUGAACUCCAAGGACUGCCACUCCGAGAGAGGGACAUAGAGACAUUAGUGAAGGGUUUGUCAAAGAACAGCACACUGAACCAUCUCUCCCUUGAAUACUGCCGAGUGGGAGGACCUGGCAUAGAAGUUUUGUGUCAUGGCAUCAAGAACUGCACCAACCUCAGCUCCAUCAACCUGACCGCCUGCAGCCUAACCUCCCAGGGAGCAGAGUGUCUCGCACAGGUCAUCAAGCACCAGGCCGUGAAGCGACACAAUGAAGCCUGGCGUGACAGCCUGCGGUACCGCCGCCCUGACCUCGACCGCAUGCCUGGCAUCCGCCGUAUCACCAUCAACAGCAACCCCAUGCUGGGAGACGAGGGGGCCACAGUGCUGGCGGAGGCUCUCAAAGACGACCUGUGGCUUAAAGCCCUGGACAUGCAAGGCUGCGGUAUCUCCACCAGUGGUGCCCGCGUCCUCCUGGACGUCCUCAAGUACAACACCACCCUGGUGGUCCUGGAUGUCCGAGCCAAUCCACUGAUCAACCGAGAGCUAGUGCACUCUAUCAUGGAGCAGCUGAUGAUCAACAGCAACGGCCAGGACACCGAGUACAAAUGGAUCAAGGCAGAGGAGCCUGUUGAUCCUAAGAAGGUACGGAAUCGGAGACGUGUGACUCGCGGCCUCAACCACAGCGUGGCUAAGAAGACCACGAUCAGGAUCAGCUCCAACUCUGCCCGGCGCCGAGCCCGACCAGGGACUGGAUUCCUGAACACGUCUCGCCCCAGCCCCGGUCUGCCCUGGAGGACUGCAGCCAGAGCCAACAGAUACAAGGGCUACCCACCCGAGCACACACCUGGCAAGCUGAGUAUUGAGGAGAACAGCGAGAUGGACACCAACCGCAGCACCUCUGUCAUCAUCACCCGUGACGACAGCAUCCUCGACGAUACCAACAAUACCUUCCAAGAUCUGCAGCCUCUUGACUUCAGCAACCUCUCCAUUGACAUGACCAACCCGAAAGAGGUCAAGGUGGAGAUGGAGAUGUUGCGACGGAGUCUUAAGGAGGAGAGUGUGGCGAGGAUGAAGGCGGAGCAGAGAGAACUCAGGUUGAGCAUUGAGAACAAGCGUCUCAGUGAGGAGAUGAAGUACCUCCGACACAAGGCCAGCGCUGGGGGAAUCGUCAGCGAUGUCCAUCUGGGCAUGAAUGGUGGCCACGGGGCCUUCGUCGACGAGAGCUUCCUGGAGGGAGUGGAGGCCUCAUUUAAGAAGUUCCACAAGUUUCUGGACAUGCUGCAUGAAGCGGGACUGAGUGAGCUGAUCACAAUGGCAGGACUGGACCAGUCGGACAUCAUGAACCCCUUCGACCAUCUGUCCUCCACGCGACUGUCGGGUGUCUCCUUUGCGAAAAACAACACUCCUGUCAGCAAACCCUCUCACUCUAACGGCGUGGACCUGUCCGUCCCUACCUCAGCCAUGCCAAUUGCCAAAGCGGAGCCAUCCUCAUCUCAAGGUAUGCAGCAACAGAUGGCGUUCGGUACUAAGCCAUUUGUGCCAAACACAUCAGCCUAUUUUGGCGACAUUUCGUCCAGUUACCGUGCCAACCCCAAUGUCGGGUCAUUUGAAGAGGAGCUGCCGAUUACUUAUGGGCCAGUCGUGUCUGAGAAUAACCUUCGACCUGGUGCCAGAGUUCAAGCAGCAGGGUCAAGGAUGCCGUUCCCAACCAACGAGUCUAUUAUCGGGGGUCCGGCAAGGACGGAUGACCUUUAUGAGAAGUUGCUGCAGGAUACAAGUGGAGUCUUCCCCCAUAUUGGACAGGACGGUGCCGGGUCACCUGCCGGAUCUCUGACCUCGACCCCGGUUGUCAAGAGCACCGAGAGCAAGGCUGGGCCAGUGAAGACGACACAACCCGGGCAGGAGGGGCAGAGGAGAAAAGAAGAAAAAGAGGACGCGAAAGGGAGAGGGGAAGAUAAAGAUCGCCCUGACAACAGAAAACCCAAAUCGGAUAAAGGACAUGGCCCCUCUGGUGCUGGGUCAGAGGUCAGGGCAAGGUCACAAGGUGAAGGUCAGGAUGCUUCCAAACAGUUUGAUGUCUCCGAGCAAUCAGAGAUAAUCGAGGUUCUUGAUCGUGCUGCCUCUCCACAAAAAGAAUCUCCUGAGCACAAAUCCAAAAUGAGUGAUUUUAACUACAGUAUGGACAGUUUUGACCAAUCAUAUGUCAGCGAGAGGGAGGAGGUCAUUCACCUUGGAGAUGACCUUGACCUUGGAGGUUCACCAUCACCACCGCCACAAGCUGUCGAAAGUGAGGAAGAUUUUUAGACCCUGCUGAAUAUGUAAAUCUCGACUCUUGUUUUGAGCAAUCCUUUUCUUUACUUUCAUUACUUCUGUUUUCUUUCAUUUUGUGUUACCAAGUCCCAGCCUUAGUGCUCCUAAUUGUAGAAAAAUGUGUUAGUGUAAAUAACAUAUUUUGUGUACAUAGAGGGAAGAUAGAUCACCAAAUGACUAAAUAUUAAAAGAUGCAUUGUAGACUUUAGGUAAGUUGUUCAUAAUAUUUCAUGGGUUUAUAUACACCACAUGCCACAAUUGCCAUGACUACAAUGACAGUGUUAUCAGAUUCACUAUACAUCUGAGGGAAGAAUGUGGCAUACGGAAACUGUAUAUGUUGUAUACCAUUAGGGGAGAUGGGGCGGUGGGGUAGCCUAGUGGUUAAAGCGUUCGCUUGUCACGCCGAACACCCGGGUUCGAUUCUCCACAUGGGCACAAAUGUGUGAAGCCCAUUUCUGGUGUCCCUGGAUGUGAUAUUGCAGAAUAUUGCUAAAAGUGGUGUAAAACCAUACUCACUCCCUCAUAUUCACUGGACACAAAAUAGAUGUAUGUCACCACCACUGUAUGUCAAUGUGUCGACGAUGACGGAGAAAUAGUGUUCAUAAACCUUUGAAGUAUGAAUGAUACUGUAUUAAUGUAGGUAGUACUCAGUGUAAAA